GCACGCACGGGCAGGCAGCCACAAACACAGCCACACAGCCAGCCACGGGUGCACACACACUCUCCAGCUCUCGCGCAUACACUCACUUACUCUCGCACGCACACACACACACGUAUUAUACACACACGCCACACAUACACGCGCACGCAGGCAGGCUCUCUAUUCCCUCUCUCACCCACUCUCUCUCUCUCUCUCUCUCUCCCCCGUCUCUGCCGCUAAACACUCUCACACACGCACGAGAGGCAGCCGGGUAGACGGCGUUGUAGAGGAAAUAAGGAGAAGAGACGAGAGAAGAAGGCAUCUAAAGGAUUGCAGAGAGGAAGGAGCGGAGAACAAGAAGGACCUGUCACGCCUGUGAGUGGACAAGUGUGUACGUUACCCGUGCUUUUGUUUUUGCAAGAAAAAAGAGAGAAACAUUUCCUAUAGCCUCUCACGAGCGCGGUGUGUCUCUGUCUCUCUCUGUCUGGGGAUCAACGAGGAUUGGGGAUUUUGCCGUUUUGUUGCUGCCUGCCUCGCUGACUGCCUGCCUGCCUGGAGUUUGUACUCUCGUGGGGGAAUCUGGAUUUUUCUCUUUUUGCUGGAGAGAUUUCAUCAGUGGAGAUCCUGUGCUUCUUUGGGAGGACGUGCUUUGUCACACUGGCUGCUUAAAGCUACGGGACAUCCAUCCAUCGCAUCCAUCCAGCUAUCCAUCCAUCGAGCCUCAUCCAUUUAUCCAUUCCGUCAGCUCCUACAUCCAGCCAUCCAUCUAUCUAUCUAUCUAUCUAUCUAGCGAUCCAUCCUUCCGAUAUCCUUCCUCCUCCUUCUUCUUCCCGUUCCUCGGUCUCGGGUGAUUCCUUCAUCUGCAUUUGGGCUUAACCUGUCCGUCUGGGAUUGGAAUUAGUGGAUUAAGGUGUAUCGCGGAUGACCGUCAGCGUCCAGAGGGGUCUGACACUGUGCAGGGUGUGAAGAACAAGGGAGAGAAGUGAGUUUGUAAAGAGAGAGAGAGAGAGAGAGAGAGAAAGAGAGCGAGAGAGGUGCAUGCGAGAGCUAGAAAGAAAGAAAAAAAAAAAAACGAGGCAUGAUCAGCAGGAUAGGAGCCGGCUAUUCCGAGAAGUGAUCGUUCUACUCCACUCUAGCCCCGGUCUCUGCCUCUCCUCCUCCCACCACACCUCCCUCCCUCCCGCUCGCUUCACUCCUCCAUCACCACUACUCUCUUCCUCUCUUCCUGCCUAGUUUCUUUCCUCUCCUCUCCUCUCCUCUUGUUUUUCCUUUCCUCCGUUGAGCCUCUGCUCUGGGCAGCACCUGUGUGCUCCUCAUCCCAUCCCUCUGUCCUCACCUUGCUCCCCCUUGUUCUCCUCUCAUCCCCCUUUACUCUUCUCCUCCUCUUCCUCCUCCUGCUCCAAAGCCACUUCUCCUCCUCAUCAUCAUCCUCCUCUCACACCGGGGGGGGUAAAAAAAGGACAGAGCCAGAGGGUCAGAAGACGACACCACGCCACAUCCGUCCGUCCGUCGGUCCAUCCCCUCCUUGCGUCUCUCUUUUUUUCCCCACUGCCACCCGCUCUCUCUCUCUCCAGUUGCCCAUCACCCCCCACCCCUACACCUCCGUGUAUCCCUCGCGCCAAGGAUCUACUCUAGGCUUUACCACCACACACCCGCCCCUCUACCAGAGGAUACCAAGUGACCAAGGGGCCAUCAGCCUGGAAAGAAAGGCAUCUCUGGAAAGCCACACCUGACUCUUCGUCCGUCCGUCCGUCCGUCCGUCCGUCCGUCCGUCAGUACGCGUGUCCGACUGACCGUCUGACCGACCGUCCCCCUGAGACAGCGAGAAAGGAUUCCUUGGCUACAUGGGCAAACGCUUGGAUCAGCAACCAAUGUACCCCCAGUACACCUACUACUACCCUCACUAUCUUCAGACGAAGCAGUCCUAUGCCCCUCCCCCUCCGCCCAUGGCUCCUCCCAGUCCGAGCACCAAUAGCAGCAGCCACAGCAGUGUGGCGGAGCAGCUGAGUAAGACCAACCUGUACAUCCGGGGCCUGCCGCCGGCCACCACCGACCAGGACCUCAUCAAACUAUGCCAACCAUACGGGAAAAUAGUGUCAACAAAGGCAAUCCUGGACAAGAACACUAAUCAGUGCAAAGGUUAUGGCUUCGUGGACUUCGACAGCCCUGCUGCGGCUCAGAAGGCGGUGGCCUCCCUGAAAGCCAGCGGUGUGCAGGCCCAGAUGGCAAAGCAACAGGAGCAGGACCCGACUAACCUGUACAUCUCCAACCUGCCGGUCUCCAUGGACGAGCAGGAACUGGAGAACAUGCUCAAGCCUUUCGGCCACGUCAUCUCCACGCGGAUACUACGGGACGCCAACGGGGUCAGCAGAGGAGUCGGCUUCGCCAGAAUGGAGUCGACUGAGAAGUGUGAUGUUGUCAUCCAGCAUUUCAACGGGAAGUUCCUCAAGACCCCUCCAGGCGUACCUGCCCCUACAGAGCCCCUGCUGUGCAAGUUUGCGGAUGGGGGCCAGAAGAAGAGACAGAACCAGACCAAGUACCCCCAGAACGGCCGGCCGUGGCCCCGGGACGGAGAGAGUGGCAUGGCGUUAACCUAUGACCCAGCCGUGAUGCAGAACGGGUUCUACUCCUCCCCCUACAGCAUCUCCACCAAUCGCAUGAUUGCACAGACCUCCAUCACGCCGUUCAUCGCCGCCUCCCCCGUCUCCACAUAUCAGGUCCAGAGCACUUCAUGGAUGCCACACCAACAGUAUGUUAUGCAACCCACUCAGGGUGCUGUGAUCACACCAGCCAUGGACCACACCAUCUCCAUGCAGCCCAGCAACAUGAUGGGGCCCCUCGCCCAACAGAUGAACCACCUCUCCCUCGGCACCGCCGGCACUUAUAUGACCGCUGCUGCUGCCGCUGCUGCUGCUGCUCCUAUGCAGGGAAGCUACAUCCCCCAGUACACUACUGUGCCUGCAUCUGCUGUCUCCGUGGAGGGAGUAGUGACAGAGCCCUCCACACAGGCGGUGCCCCCCUCGUCAGCGGACGUGACCGGAGCACAGCAGGCCUUAGCGGUGGACAACUCCGAUCACACGCCUGCCUACGCCUACCAACCCACCAAAUAACAACAGGAGGCGGUGAAGCGGAGGGAGGAGGAGGAGGAGGAGAGAGGAGAGACAGAAACAGAGAGGAGGGUGGAGACGAGAGUUCCGGCGACGGCAUUGCCUUGAGAUUUGGGACUGCACUUACAGCAAAUGGAGACAGAGAGAGACGAGACACAGAGAGACAGACAGAGGAGGAGGAGGAGGAGGAGGAGGAGGAGGAGGAGGAGGAGGAGGAGGUGGUGAUGAUGGUUUGAGGAGGAAGAGGAGAAGGAGGAAGACGAGGAAGAGGAUGGAUGGACGGAGGGUUUGAACAAUGAGAGGAGAAGGAGGAGGAGGAAAAAGAGGAGGAGGAGGAGGAUGAGUUUGAACAAUGAGAGGAUAGUUUAUGAGGUUCCGCAGGCACCAGAAAUUAAAGAAAAUGUAUUUCCUGCCUGGACCAAGCAAAAAGGAAUCUUUGGACUCCAGCAAGAGAACAAUGCAGUCUGGGAGUUUAGCCUUUGGGUUAAAGUCUAUCAGCAUGGGGCUGGACACUCUUCAUUAGUCCAUUCAGUUUUUUAAAAAAAGAUUAUAAAAAAGAAAGGUUUUAAAAAAUAUAUUUGAAUGUGCUGGUAAGUUUUCAGCAACAUUGAGUUUUUUAUUAGAUCAGGAAGCGACUUCUUCACAAACAAAAAAACAAAAAAAGAAGAAAAAAAAACUGUCUUCCUCUAAUUCUAAGCUACUUCUUCUCGCUGUCAUUUGUAUGAGUUUCGUUUUAGUUUUUUAGAGAAUCUAUAAUGUUUUUGGUUUUCCUUUCCUGGAUAUUUGUUGCCUUAAUUUUAGGAAGUUCACAGAAACGUUUUUCUCUCAACUGUCAUGUUUUGAAAAAAAGAAACAAAAAACUGAAGACUGAACCACAUCGAGGCACAUGGACAAGUCAACCAACUUAAACAUCUCCCACAAAAGGGAGGAAAUAAGUUGGAUAUUUUAGGUGUUUCAGAGUAUCAAAUCUCUCUUUGUGUGGAAAGAACUUUUAAAUUAUCAGUGGCAACUGUGUGUUUUAAAGAUUGAAACAAUUGGUCGUAAGUGAGGAAUGGGUUUCUUCAACCAGAAAAAAAAAAUGUUUAUGCUGCAUAGUGGGAAAUGCAGUUUAUUGUGUAGUGCAGAUCCCUUUUUAAAACGGCAUUAUUGUUUUUAUUCUGCAAUAUUUUUUAUGAGCUUUGAGGUGUUUUUCUCCGCCUGCUAUGCUUGUCUCGUUGCAAAAAAAAAGUUUAAAAAGUGAGAUUAAAUGUGGAAAAAAAAACAUUGGCAGCGCAAAAAUAGGUGACUAGAUAGGAGCUUCAUGACGACAAAAAAAGAAAAACAAAACAAAAAAAAACGCAAACGUGUGCAAAAAGCAAUAGAAAUAGGAAAUUGUUGACAAUUUCUUUCGUUUUAUCUUAGCUGUGGAUCAAAUGCAGCUUAUGGGUGGCAGAUUUUAUACCAAAGAUGAUGUACUAUGACCCCCCAC